GCAAGACCUUACAAAUUGUUGACUCUUUAUUUCAUCAGUUCAAAAGAGAAAAGUGAUGUUGAAGAAACAAGUGAUCAUUGGAGUGAUUUUACUUGCAAGUUUAGUGAUUUUCUUGGACGCCAAACAAGUAGGAGCCACAAGGCUGUUACGAACCACCGUGGAUAGUAGGAUCCGGUUCGUGUUCGAGUCGUUGCAGAAGGGUUCGGUUCCUGGCUCCGGUAGGAAUGGUUGCUCCCAUAUCCCCAAAGGCUCGGGCUCGGGCUCGUGCCACGGUUAAAGCACCCACGUGAAU